CAGCUGGAGGAAAGAAGGAUUCCUUUGCCUCUCUCUCAUUGUUUUUGGAGAACAUUUUGUGGGUUUCAGUUAAAAUGGAAGCCAGAGUCCUGACAGUUUUCUGCACAUUCCUCAUCUGUUCUUUUGGAGAGGUUUUCUCCACACAGGGGCAAAGAUAUCUCAAAGACUUCAAGACCAGUUUAGCAUUCAGAAAUCUGUCAUAUAAUCAUCGCAGCAGAUAUCCUCUAUACAUGAUGCAGCUGUAUCGCUCCUUCAGGACUGCCGAUUUCUCCCCAUCAUUAGCUGUCAACGCCGCUACAAUGCAAGGUGACAACUCGUCAUCUCACAGUUCUGACACCGUCCUAAGUCUUAUGGCCAAAGGUUGCCAUCAAGUGGGUGAAAGGUGGACAGUCACGUUUGACAUGUCAUCCAUCUCUACUAGAGAGCUUGUCCAGCAGGCAGAACUUCGGAUCAGACUACCUGCUUUCUCUGGCUCUAAGCGUGCCACAGUGGAUUUAUACCACUCCAGGAAGCAGAAUUGUGACCUGGACAGCACAUCAUGCCAGGAUGAGCAACUUUUCUUGGGAAGUUUUGGCACAUCAGCCAGCAGCACAAAGGAAGGUUGGAAGGUUUUUAAUGUGACUGCUCUGUUAAAAUACUGGCUGUACCAGGCAGAAGGAGUGUCCAGCCAAGAGGCCUCAGGAGAACCUGAGCUGGACCUUGGGAGCGGUGCUGGGGAUGGAGGUGAGAUCACUAACCAGUCCCUCUUCAAGAAUUUGGGAAUGAGGCAAAGAAAAACAGACCAUCCAACCAAGAACAGGGUCAUGAUGGUGAUCUUCUCCAAACAUCACCUGCCCCAGGAAGGCCAAACAGCGUACAGUCUUAUUCACACUGUGGAGAACUCCAAGUAUGUGACGAUGGACAGAUCCAGCAGUGACAGUCAAAGUCGUCGCCACAAAAGGAACAGAAUGGAGAGGUUGAGGGUGGCUGUAGGAGCUUCACCUUCUCCUGCAGCAGCAGAGCCGGCCCAGAAGCCUCUGUGUCGGAAGAUAGACAUGUGGGUGGACUUUGACCACAUCGGCUGGGACGAGUGGAUUGUGCACCCUAAGCGCUACAAUGCAUUUCGUUGUGAGGGAGAGUGUCCUACACCACUGGAUGAGUCCUUCAACCCUACAAAUCACGCAUACAUGCAGAGCCUCUUGCAACAUCACCAUCCAGAAAGAGUGUCCUGCCCGUCCUGUGUGCCAACGCGCCUCAGCCCUCUCUCCAUGCUGUACUACGAGAACGAUGAUUUGGCCCUGCGGCAUCAUGAAGACAUGAUUGUUGAAGAGUGUGGAUGUCAGUGA